AUGCAAGUAGAGUACGAGUCUUCACCUGCCGGACCAGCGCCCGACGAAAGUAUGAUAGAAGAAGGCGAAUCUUUCAGACCAGGUGAACCUGACCCGAAUAAUCAGGAUGAAGAAGAAGAAGCGGGAGUGGUAGAGAAGGAGAAACCAGUUGCAAAGAAGAUAACCAAGCAAAGACAAUCAUUAGCUGAGAAACAACUCGGAACGACGAUCUUCCCUAUAUCGAGGGUGAAGAAGAUCAUCAAGGCUGAUAAGGAAUUGGAUAAUAUGUCGAGUGAAGCGGUCUUCAUGAUUUCAGUAGCUACUGAAUACUUCAUCAAGCACUUUAUGGAGGAAGGAUACACCAAAGCUAGACUUGAGAAACGUAAAACAGUGAAUUACAAAGACAUGGCCGCGGUAGUAGCCAGAUCAGAAGAGUUUGAUUUCCUGAAAGAUGUUAUACCUCAGCCUAUUAAUCUAUCAGAAGCUUUGGAGAGGAGGAAGCAGAAACUGGCCAACGACGAGAACCCGGGUCUGCACGAUACCACUCAACCCGAUACCACCUUGAACGAAGAUGAUCUACCUCCGCUAGCAAUAUCUACCAACCCUUUGUUCCCCAAUGCAAUAAUGAAGAAACCACCCAAUACUCACGCAAAGACCGCCAUGCCCAAACCUCUACCACCACCUGAAAGUGAGAAUGACAAUGACAAUGGUGAAGAAGAAAUUGCAGUAGUGCAGGCUCCGGCUCAAUCGAAACCUUCUUCUUCAAGGAAAAGUCUGGGUUCGAAAGAGAAAGAGAAAGAACCUAAAGAAGCACAAACUCCAAACCAGACCAAGGUUUUCACGGGGAAGAAUGCGCCUAGUACACCACACGGCUUGACGACUCGAGGAGCAGCGAGAAGGUCAUUGGCAGGCACAGACGUGGAUAUGAGUCCUGUAAAUCAGCUGAGAACUGAGAUCGCCGCAGACACGGACGAAGUCGUGACUGAACCCAUAAGUCAAGUGGAGGACGAAGACGAAAGGAUGGAUUAA